AUGAGGUCCAAGUUGUCCCGGAUGAGGCCAAAAAAUACAAAUACGUCUUUGUAUUUUUCAAUAGUGACCCAAGAAGUCUGCCACUUCCAUGCCUCGGUUCGAGAGAUCACUUUACUCAAUGGAAAGAAAUAUCUAAUGAUCAACGGGUAUACAUUCAGCUGGAAGAGUAAUUGUAAGCUUGGAAAGCGUUACGUGUGCACACUGAGAACAUCAUUUAUAACACUGACCACGGGAAGAAAGCAACUCUUAUACAAAGGGUAUACGUUCUAUCAGACGUACAGUGGGAAGUCUAGGCAUCGGUGGGUUUGUACGCUUCACCCCAAAUUCGAAUUUAUAGAAACGGUAAAUGGGAAGAAGUACCUGAAAUAUAACCAUCAUUACUACGUAUUGUCUGGUACGAAGGGUAGAUGGCGCUGCAACGAGACAUCGACCUGCUUUACAUCAUUGUACGUGGAUGAAUACCUUCGCCCGAUAAAGUUGAAUAAACCCCACGAUCAUCCACCUGCCAGGUUUAUCAAAACCAGCGCUGGCUUUAUCAGAUAUCGUCGAGAUCGGAGAAAGAGAUUAAAGUCUUUUAGUCUUUUCUCUCUUUCUGUCAAAGUGCGAUCGCGUCGCGAUGCAAAGAGACAGAUGAGUAUGGAUAGACUAUUAGAUAAGAAAGUCGAAAUCCGGAAUAAAACAAAAGACGAAAGGAUGUCGUAUUAUCAGUUAAAGAAGAUUACACUACAGAAUGGGAAAACCUAUUAUCUCUACAAAGGUUACACGUAUAGUUUAAUCCCAGGUUCGGCAACGUAUGGUACAAGAUGGCGCUGCACUAAGAACAGUAAAUGUUACGUCUGCAUGAUGGUCGGACAUGAUGGCGAGAUUUUAAAGAUAAAGGGAACAUAUAUAUGGACGAAACGCGGCGGCAGACAUCCCCUAUUACUAUUAUAUGGAUUCACAUACAGCUUUCAGAAGAAAAAUGCCGACGGAAGAAUAUCCUGGUACUGCUCGCGAAGGUUGCGGGGCUGCCGAGCCGCGGCCGUGUCUUUUGGACAAAAGGCAAUACCAAUAAAGCAACAUGAUCACGUUCCUCCGAAACUACCAGUUGAUUAUACAGAGACUCAAAUAUUUCCAUCGAACGAAUUCUUCAAGUAUCAAUAA